GCGGCUUUCUGCAUGGGCGGAGGCGGCGGCUGGAGCGGCGAGCAUGGCCCGCGCGGCGCCCAGCGCUGACUGAGGGUCAUACUGCGGCAGCCUGGCGCCUGACAAGUGAGGAGGAACCUGCCAGGGGAUUACGCUAGCACGAGCUAACGAACUGCAGGACAGCCUGGCCUCAGGGGAGCUGGCAUGGGCACAACAGCCGCCCAGCGCUGGCUGGCAGCCCCAGGAAGGAGUCCUGGGCCCUGGUGAGGAGCUCCACACAAGCUCUGCUGACCCACAUGCCUUGGAUACAACACCUUGUUGAACAGCCAUUCUUCACAGCCCUCUAAGAUCCCACAGCAGGAGAAGGUGCUUUGUGACCCCUGUGCAACCCCAGCUGGGGCCGUGACCACCAGGAGAAAAAGACCAGCGUCUGGAUGGGAAGCAGUGGGCUGGAAGCUAAUGCAAAGAAGGUCUUGUUUCUUGCAGCAGUUUCCUGCCACCUGUGGAGCUUCACGAUUUUCUUCUUUCUGGCCCGGAGCUGAGCUCUUCUCAGCUGGCUGACGGGUUGAGCCAGGAGGGUCAGUCAGGGUGGGAAGGACUCCUUAAUGGAGUGCAGGUCUCUGGAAGCCAAUGUGCUCUCUGCAGUGAUCAGAGUUCCAGGGCUUCCCUGCUACAGGGGACCAGGGGCUGCCUCAGUGUCUGCUCAUGAGCCACAAGGACCUCGACUGUUCCAGACUGGACCUUUACAAGCCGCCCAAAAGGGGAGACCUCGGUGCUGGCAACCUGCAAUUACAAGGGACUAGAGGGACUAGAGACCUUCCCCUUGUCAGGGUGGCAGAAGAGGCAGAGCCUUUGUGGCCCAGCUAGUAGCCAAGAGGCCUGAUGAAGCCCUAAGCCGGGGCUCAAGUGGCUCAGGGACAGGGAGUACUCCUGCCCAGUGUGCUUUCUCCUUUCAUUGAGAGGAGGGCGUGGUGAGGGUCCCCUGCCACAGCACGUUCCCUUAUGCCCUUUGCACGUGCUGUCAAGACAAGUAGUCUGCACUGUGGCCAGCCCCACUGUGGGCUGGGAAAGGAGUGGCCACGGUGACAACUGCGGACCGCCAGCACGAUGAAGUGCUCUCUGCGGGUGUGGUUCCUGUCUGUGGCCUUUCUGCUGGUGUUCAUCAUGUCCCUGCUCUUCACCUACUCACAUCACAGCACAUCCACCUUGCCCUACCUGGACUCAGGGGCCCUCGGUGGAACGCAUCGGGUGAAGCUAGUGCCUGGCUAUGCUGGCCUUCAGCGCCUUGGCAAGGAGGGGCUUUCAGGGAAGAACUGUGCCUGCCAGCGCUGCAUGGGUGAUGGCACCUCUGACUGGUUCGACAGCCACUUUGACAGCAAUAUCUCUCCUGUCUGGACCCGAGAGAACAUGGAUCUCCCUCCAGAUGUCCAGAGGUGGUGGAUGAUGUUGCAACCCCAAUUCAAGUCACACAACACCAACGAGGUGCUGGAGAAGCUGUUUCAGAUUGUGCCUGGUGAGAACCCCUACCGUUUCCGGGACCCCCAUCAGUGCCGUCGCUGUGCUGUGGUGGGGAACUCGGGCAACCUGCGGGGCUCUGGCUAUGGGCAGGACGUGGACAGGCACAACUUCAUCAUGAGGAUGAAUCAGGCACCAACUGUGGGCUUUGAGCAGGAUGUUGGCAGCCGAACCACCCAUCAUUUCAUGUACCCUGAGAGCGCCAAGAACCUGCCUGCUAAUGUCAGCUUCGUGUUGGUGCCCUUCAAGGCCCUAGACCUACUGUGGAUUGCCAGUGCCCUGUCUACAGGGCAGAUCCGAUUCACCUAUGCCCCAGUGAAGUCCUUUCUUCGAGUGGACAAAGAAAAGGUUCAGAUCUACAACCCAGCCUUCUUUAAGUACAUCCACGACAGGUGGACAGAGCAUCACGGGCGGUACCCCUCUACAGGGAUGCUGGUGCUCUUCUUUGCCCUGCAUGUGUGUGAUGAGGUGAAUGUGUACGGGUUCGGGGCCGACAGUCGAGGCAACUGGCACCACUACUGGGAGAAUAACCGAUAUGCGGGCGAAUUCCGGAAGACAGGGAGUCACCCAGCAAUCCGAAACCAAGCGAUGCUGCAGUCUUCCGGUCCAGCCACCGCCUGUUAUCGUUCGCCAAUCACAAGACUCGGUCAGGACCUGGAGCCAAUCAGCGCUGCAGUGAGGCGGAGUUUGUUUCUUCCGGCCAAUCACGCACUCAAGGAGGACUUCCGGCGCUUGGACCCGUCUUCAUCAAUCAAUGGCCUUCGGAGGCGGGCCAGCGGCUGCUCAAUCCCCCUCCCCUCUGCUUUUGGAUAGAAUUUUUAUUUUCUGCUUUUUAAGAAGUUGAGGCCGCUUGGGGCCUCGUUGGAAUACUUUGCUCAGGCUCGACCGGAGGAGCGUCUCAGUCGCUGGUCGGCCUGGCUCCCCCAAGGGGCAGGGAGAGGAAGUGGCUGGGAAGGGUAGGUCGGGGUCUCCUUCCUGGCCCAGGUUCGCGCCCACUGAUGGUGGUCCCAAGUGCGCCUCACCCCAGGGGAGAAGUGAGUGUCCCCAAAUGCAAGAGCAUUUGAGACAACACAUUUCCUUUCUCCAUUAGGCCCAGAUGGGUGAGUGCAAACCCACCAAAGAAAGAAGUCACAGUGAAACCCUCCUCUCCCUGCCGCCCGCCUUUUGCCCUUCGCGAUGGCCUCUGGCCAGGGCAUUAGUGGCUCACCAGAAACUAGGAGAUCGUGGUUACCCCGUGCUUGGGGUGGCUAACUCCGUAACAGAAGUGUCAGGAACAGGUCAGGGAACCCAAGAAGCCCUGCCACGUCACAUGUAAGGUGCUUCUCUCACCUGUGCCCUCACCCCAACUGUUCACCCACCGCCACCUUUUCAGUGACUCCCUUAUUCCUUGGGCUUUCUCCCUAGCCCUCCUGUUGCCCUGGGGGAGAAAGUGACCACCACCACCUCACACGCACGCGCGCGCGCACACACACACACACACACACACACUCCUAGGGGGAGUGAGCAAGCACGAUGGAAUACAGACAAGAGGGGAGCCCAGCUAUCCAUGCAUGCACCUUUAUCCUUCGGGGGUCACCCCAAAGAGGAGCAAGAAACCUGCUGCUUGUGAGAUUUGCUUUGGGCUCUAUUUUAGUUACCCAGAAGCUGCCAGACAUGGCUGCACAACUAAGAUUGCUUGACACCCCUGAACAGGCCUUGCAAGAUGCCCGGAGCUUCCCUGGGGAGGAGCGGACCUGGGGCUGCCCGCAUGGCUCCUCUAGCCAACACCAUCCCCCGCUCACCUCUUGCCUAUACCCUCUAACCUGCUUCCUUUUUCUAACCCCAGAAAGGGCUGGGGAGCUCACCACCAGGGAUUACCACUGGAAGCUACUUGCAUGACUCCACCCAGUCAAGUCCCUAGAGGAGUCUCCUUAUUCUCGACUUCAAAGUUGAGGUGCUUACGUAGGGGGAAAGGGCUUCUGUGAAGCUCCCGGGCCAUGGAAAGUGUUCCCCCAUCCCAAAAUUGUCUACACAAAAAUCACGCACCCUUAUUGAGUUCAUAGCACCAAACAGCUUCCAGACCACUGGGACAGUGGCCUCAGCUGGUUGGGGGACAGUCACCCACAGAGGAGAGUGUUAGAGGAGGGGUGGGGCAGUGAGCACCCCUAGUAGUUAAUAUAUUGAGACUCGGAGUCUGUACCUUCCCGUGUAGAAAGUGGAGUUCAUUGGAUGGGGGCUGUGGUAGAAUACCUCUCUCAGGGCACCCCAUCAUUUUGCAGAGUUCAAGGCACCAGUUCUUGCCAAUCUCAUCUCAGUGCUUUCCCAAGAGGCUGCUUUGAGAGUUGAGAAGCUGGAAAACAAUGCAAUUAUGCCAAACAGUAUUGAGCAGAGUAAUUUAUUUCUUUUUGUUUUGUUUAAAACAUUAAUCCCCACUCUGGAAGAGGUAGAUCCCAGCACCCAGAUCUCCUUUUCUUCUAAAGUUAUUUAAACUUUUUAAAUUUCCUUUCCUUUUUCUGAAUUAAAAAGAACAACAAAAACCUCACCGAGUCAUUCAUUUGUUUUUAAAUGUAUUUUCACCAAAAGGUGUACCUUGAAAAUGUGGUACUGUGACCAAGUAAUGGCUAAGAAAGUUUGGGGGAAUAAAAUAUACUCUCCUCACACA